AUGAAUCAGAAUCUGCCGCAAUCAAGUUCAAGCGAAGGAAAGGAAGAUGAUGAUUCUUCACUCUCUGAGUUCUUAUCUUCCUUAAUCGAUUAUACUCCCACUAUACCUGAUGAGUUGGUAGAGCAUUUCUUGGCGAAGAGUGGCUUUCAAUGUCCUGAUGUUAGAUUGACUAGAUUAGUAGCUGUUGCCACUCAGAAAUUUGUUGCAGAAGUUGCAGGCGAUGCUCUCCAGCACUGCAAAGCAAGGCAAGCACAAAUUCCAAAAGACAAAAGGGACAGGCAACAGAAGGAUAGGCGCCUAGUUAUGACAAUGGAAGAUCUAUCAAAGGCACUUCGUGAGUAUGGCGUGAAUAUUCGGCACCAAGAAUAUUACGCCGACAGCCCUACUACUGGAAUUGACCCUGCCACUCGAGAAGAAUGA